CUCAACUAUUUGCACUUCGAGCAAAAACAAGAAGAACUCUUUUUGACAAACUUCUAUCAAAAUUGUUUCAACACACGUUCCUGUGGCGAUUUCAAGACUAUGUGAUUAACAUAUUUUGUAUUUAGGUAGUACAUGCAAAGUGUGUAUGCAGCUUUUAAUAUAGAAGGAAGAAAAUGGACAAGGAAGUAAAUGCAUGAAUACAUGUCGAACUUAUUCAUGAUGGUUUAAGGGUAUUCCGUGGAGUAUUGUACAUUGUAUUGUUUGUAUUGGAGGAGUAAAGGUGUGUACUGGUUGGACAUUUUCUGAAACAUAGUGAAUGAUUUGCUCACUGUCUGGAAACAAAAUCCUUUCAGUGAUAGAUAUUUCAAAGAUGUAAAACAGUGAAAAGCACAGAUGUUACAUUGUGUCUGGCCAAUUGAAGGACGUGUAAACGAAGACCUUCUUUAGUUUGAACUCUUAACGAUAUCGACCAGUUGCCUAUAGAUAAAAAAUCAAACAACGAUAUUCAAAGGUAUUUCAAGAUACCCGACUCAGCUCAUCUCAACUCAACCAUGGAUGAUUAUAUUGUUGAGAAGAAGGAAUAUUCCCCGAAGGAUUUUUUCGAGAAGUUCAGCAAAAAGUUGCCGAAAAUUGUCAUGAUAACACAAGGCUACUGCGGGGAAAUACAGGGGGAUACGUUUGACAGGGGAAUGGUGAUUCGAUUUCAGACCAUUUCUAGGCAAUCGAGGGUCAUUGCUCAAUUUAGAUUGGGCAAGAAUGUAAAGCACGUGAGCAUUCCACAGAAAUUUGAGCAACCGGUUUGUGUCAAAGGCACUGGCAAAAAGGCAAGGACGAUCGCUGAAAUUCUCCAAGAGCAAACUCUACCAUGCGUGGUUGAGUUUCCGAAAAAGACCAUCAUAACAGUUGGAAACCGGAGAAUAAAUACCAACAACAUUCCUGAAAUUGACCUCACAGGCACAUUUGAUGAGAUUUACCUACUUGGAAACUAUAUAGAUUCAGACAUCCUAGAGACCGAAGUCAUCCGUGUGCCACUAUAUCUCACACAGCUUCGCCUUGCCGUUGUGACGGGACACAAGAAUAAAUCUAAAGACGAAUGGCAUGACUUUAACAAGUACCUUGACAAUCGUUGCGGUCCUAUUUUCUAUGAUACUUGUUACGGGAAUCCAGAAAUGGCACACUAUAAAGAACAACUCUCAGCGAAAGAUGGGGCGGAGCAUUCUUACGUUGAACCAUGUUCGUACAUCAAUUUUUGGUCACUUGUCCACAAACCGUACGCAAACGUAAAUUCUACAAAAACAGAAGAUGAAAUUAUUUGCGUGGGUGAAUCAUUUGAUGGUAUGGAUGCUUAUGAACCAAUGGAGAUUAUUACAAAGGCAAACACAAGUCAUUUCAAAACACGAAAUUCACAGCAGAUUAACCUGCACAAACCAUUUAUGCCGCUACCUGCUGAAAAGCCCGAUAUCGAUAUUUAUGAGAACAGCGAGACUCUAUCAGAUCAAUUUAAAGAAAACAAACAUGGCGAUGUAGAGCCGAACAAAGACGAUAGUUGCCACCUUGAGGAGAACAUACUAUUUGCAAAAUCACGACUGAAACCAGUGAAAGCGAAGCCAGAGAGCAGCGCCACAGCACAGGAAACACACAAUAUGCCUAUAGGAGCUGAGCUUAAAGAGAAAACUCCAGCAGCUAGGCUGAAGAAUCCACCAGCACAUGGAAGUAAACCAAAACUUCCCAUCAAGCCUACAGGGUGGCUGAAAAGUUCAGAUCCUCCAGAAAUCCUCGGAAAAACAAGUAUAAAAUUGGCACAUAACGUUCAGCAAGUGAAAAUUGUCAGUCAAGAUAACACCCCGGUUCCGAGUAGUGUACGUACUUCAGCAAUGGUAGCUCCGGUCACUGUUGACAAAGAAGCAAGCGAUCACAAGUUUCUGAAACCGGAAUCUCAGUACAUUGUAGCAAGAGUUCCCGAAACUGAUACCCAAAUCGACCUGCCGGUCGUUGAAAAACCAGAAGAUGUAUGUAAUUUAACAGUGCGUGAAGUAACUGGCUACUUAGAAAGAAUGAAUCUUAGUAGUUAUGCCCAACAAUUCUUAGAUAAUGAUGUAGAUGGAGUCCUGCUUACGGGGUUGACAAAGAAUGACCUGAUGACUGACUUUGGAAUGAAGGGAGUUGAGGCUCAGAAGAUAAUCAACUUUUGCAAAGAAGCGCACUUGCCAAAAAAAUAAAUGACUGUUUAACACCUUGCUGUUUGGAUAUUUAUUUAUAUAUAACCUUUCAAAUAUACUGUUAAUUCUGCAAAUUCUUGUCCAUGUGAAGGUUCAAGUAGAUGAUAUGUACUUUAAAUAUUAAUAUUUAGGCCUUAUUUGUUUGAGCUGAAUUUUGUCUAAUGUCUUUAUAGUGUUUGCUGAUUGAUCAAAUUAGGGUAAGGUGAAGGGGGAACCAAGCCUUUACACAGCAAGAUCAGAACACGAAUAUAGCCAAAUUGACGAUAUUUUUUAUUUUCACGAGAAAGAAAAAAUAUCGUCAAUUUCUUUUGGAUACAAUAUACGACCAUUGUGGUCUCGAGACUUAUAAGGCGAUUCUGACAAUGACUUGUUCUGACCAAUGUGCUCACGUGUUUGCUAUCAGGACAGAAAAUGAUAACGGCUGCUUAGUUAAUUAUCCAAUUACGAUCGCUGUACUUAAAAUGUUGCGCAAAACUAAAAUGCACUUGUUUGUUGUUGUUGUUGUUGUUGUUGUUUGUAAAAUUAUGUAAAGCUGUUUGCUAUAGUCUGGUUUAACAUCUUAUUUCUGUUUGAAACUCUCGCAGAGCUUAGAAUGAUAUUUGUGUCGUCAGUGUGUAAAUUGUAUGAUAAUAUACUGAUAGUUUCCUAUUCUCGGUUUGUUAAACUUGCUGAAUGAUAUGAUAUGUAUUCAUCAAUGUGUAUUUACUGCCUAUACUGUUGUAUAUAAUUGUAUAUAAGUUCAGCUCUUCAAUUUUGGAGGGAUAAAAUAAUCUAUCUAUCUAUGUACAUUUUAAACAUAUUUAUAUCACUGCAUACUAUGAACAUUUGAGAUACUGACACUGCAGAUGUUGUUGGUUUAUAUAUUGUAAUUAAUUACGUAUUUAUGUUCAAUUUAAAUAUGGAUGGAUGGAUGGAUGGAUGGAUGGAUGGAUGGAUGGAUGGAUGGAUGGAUGGAUGGAUGGAUGGAUGGAUGCAUGGAUGGAUGGAUGGAUGGAUGGAUGGAUGGAUGGAUGGAUGGAUGGAUGGAUGGAUGGAUGGAUGGGUUAAUGGAUGAAUGGAUUGAUUGGUGGAUACAUGGAUGGGUCGAUAAAUACAUGGGUGUAAUAAUAGAUGGGUCGAUAGAUAGAUGGGUGUAAUAAUGGAUGGGUGGAAACAAUAGAUGGGUGUAAUAAUAGAUGGGUCGAAGAAAAGAUUUGUGUUCUAAUGGGUGGAUGAAUAGAAGGGUGUAAUAACAGAUGGGUCGAGGAAAAGAUUUGCGAAAUAAUGGAUGAGUCGAUAAAUAGAUGGGUGUAAUAAUAGAUAGGUGGAUGAGUGGAUGAGUGUAAUAAUAGAUGCGAUGAUGAAAAUAUGGGUGUUAUAAUAGAUUGGUCGAUGAAUAGAUCUGUGUGAUAAUAGAAUGGUGGAUGAAUAGAUCUGUCUGAUGUUAAAAUGGUUGAUGCAUUAAUAGGUGUAAUAAUAGAUGGGUGGAUGAAUAAAUAGGUGUAACAAUAAAUGGGUGGAUGAAAAGAUGGGUUUAAUAAUGGUAGGGUCGAUGAAUAGAUGGGUGUAAUAAUAGAUGAGCCGAUGAAUAGUUGGGUGUUAUAAUAGAUGCGUCGAUGAAUAGAUCUAUGUGGUAUAAGAAUGGUGGAUGAAUAAGUAGGUGUAAUAAUAGAUGGAUGGAUUAAUAGAUGGGUAAAAUAAUGGAUCGGUGGAUAAAUAUAUUUUUGCUAUACUGGAUUGGUCAAUGAAUAUAUUUGUGUAACACUGGAUGGUUCGAUGAAUAUAUUUGUGUGAUAAUGGAUGGGUGGAUGAAUAGAUGAAUGUUAUAAUGGAAUGGUCGAUAAAAGGAUGGGUGUAUAACGGAUAGGUCGAUGAAUAGAUGGGUGUAAUAAUAGACGGGUCGAUGAAUAGAUGGGUAUAAUAAUAUAUGGGUCAAUGAAUAGAUGAGUGUUAUAAUGGAUAGGUCGAAGAAUAGAUGGGUGUAAUAAUAGUUGGGUCGAUGAAUAGAUGGGUAAAAUAAUAUAUGAGUCGAUGAAUAUAUGAGUGUUAUAAAAGAUAGGUCGAUGAAUAGAUGGGUAUAAUAAUAAAUGGGUCGAUGAAUAGAUGGGUCGAUGAAUAGAUGGGUCGAUAAAUAGAUUUUGUAAUACUGCAUUGGUCGAUGAAUAGAUUGGUGUAAUGAGAGAUGGGUGGAUGAAUAUAUGAGUGUUAUAUUGGAUGGGUCGAUAAAUAUAUUUGUGUAAUACUGGAUUGGUCGAUGAAUAUAUUUGUGUAACACUGGAUGGGUCGGUGAAUAGAUUUUUGCUAUAUUGGAUAGGUCGAUGAAUAGAUGGAUGUAUAAUGGAUUGGUCGAUGAAUAGAUGAGUGUAAUAAUGGAUAGGUCGAUGAAUAGAUGGGUACGAUAAUAGAUGGGUCGACGAAUAGAUGAGUGUAAUAAUGGAUAGGUCGAUGAAUAGAUGGGUGCGAUAAUAGAUGGCUCGAUAAAUAGAUGAGUGUAAUAAUGGAUAGGUCGAUGAAUAGAUGGGUGUAAUAAUAGAUGGGGCGAUUAAUAGAUGGGUGUAAUAAUAGAUGGGCCGAUGAAUAGAUGGGUGUAAUAAUAUAUGGGUCGAUGAAUAGAUGGGUGCAAUAUAAGAUGGUCCAAUGAAUAGAUGAGUGUAAUAAUGGAUGGGUCGAUUAAUAGAUGGGUAUAAUAAUAGAUGUGUCGAUGAAUAGGUGGGUGCAAUAAUAGAUAGGUCGAGGAGAAGAUGAGUGUAUUAAUGAAUGGGCCGAUGAAUAGAUGAGUUUAAUAAUAGAUGGGCCGAUGAAUAGAUGAGUGUAAUAAUAGAUGCGUCGAUGAAUAGAUCUGUGUGGUAAUAGAAUGGUGGAUGAAUAGAUCUGUGUGAUAUUAGAAUGGUGGAUGAAUAAGUAGGUGUAAUAAUAGAUGGGUGGAUGAAUAAAUAGGUGUAAUAAUAAAUAGGUGGAUGAAAAGAUGGAUGUAAUAAUGGUAGGGUCGAUGAAUAGAUGGGUGUAAUAAUGGUAGGGUCGAUGAAAAGAUAAGUGUAAUAAUAGAUGAGCCGAUGGAAAGAUGGGUGUUAUAAUAGAUGCGUCGAUGAAUAGAUCUGUGUGGUAAUAUAAUGAUGGAUGAAUAGUUCUGUGUGAUAUUAGAAUGGUGGAUGAAUAAGUAGGUUUAUUAAUAGAUGGAAGGAUUAAUAGAUAGGUAUAAUAAUGGAUAGGUGGAUGAAUAUAUUUUUGUUAUACUGGAUUGGUCGAUGAAUAGAUUUGUGUAACACUGGAUGGUUCGAUGAAUAUAUUUGUGUGAUAAUGGAUGGGUGGAUGAAUAAAUGAAUGUUAUAAUGGAAUGGUCGAUGAAAAGAUGGGUGUAUAACAAAUAGGUCGAUGAAUAGAUGAGUGUAAUAAUGGACAGGUCGAUGAAUAGAUGGGUGCAAUAAAAGAUGGGUCGAUGAAUAGAUGAGUGUAAUAAUGGAUAGGUCGAUGAAUAGAUGGGUGUAAUAAUGGAUGGGGCGAUUAAUAUAUGGGUGUAAUACUAGAUUGGCCGAUGAAUAGAAGGGUGUAAUAAUAUAUGGGUCGAUGAAUAGAUGGGUGUAAUAUUAGAUUGUCCGAUGAAUAGAUGAGUGUUAUAAUGGAUGGGUCGAUAAAUAGAUGGGGAUAAUAAUAGAUGUGUUGAUGAAUAGGUGGGUGCAAUAAUAGAUGGGUCGACGAAAAUAUGAGUGUAUUAAUGGAUGGACUGAUAAAUAGAUGAGUUUAAUAAUAGAUGGGCCGAAGAAUAGAUGAGUGUAAUAAUAGAUAGGUCGAAGAAUAGAUGGGUGUAAUAAUAGAUGGGUCGAUGAAUUGAUGGGUGUAAUAAUAGUUGGGUCGACGAAAAUAUGAGUGUAUUAAUGGAUGGACCGAUAAAUAGAUGAGUUUAAUAAUAGAUGGGCCGAAGAAUAGAUGAGUGUAAUAAUAGAUAGGUCGAAGAAUAGAUGGGUGUAAUAAUAGAUGGGUCGAUGAAUUGAUGGGUGUAAUAAUAGUUGGGUCGAUGAAUAGAUGAGUGUUAUAAUGGAUAGGUUGAUGAAUGGAUGGGUGUAAUUGUAGAUGGGUGGAUGAAUAGAUAGGUGUAAUAAUAGAUGGGUGGAUGAAUAGAUAGGUGUAAUAAAUGAUGGGUGGAUGAUUAGAUGAGUGUUAUAAUGGAUGGGCUGAUGAAUAGAUGGGUGUUAUAAUCGAUGGGUCGAUGGAUUGAUGGGUGUAUAAUGGAUUGGUGGAUUAAUAGUUGGGUGUAAUAAUAGAUGGGUCGAUGAAUAGAUGGGUGUAUAAUGGAUGGGUCGAAGAAUAGAUGGGUGUAAUAAUAGUUGGGUUGAUGAAUAGAUGAGUGUAAUAAUGGAUGGGUGAAUGAAAAGACGAUUGUAAAAAUUAAUGAAUUGAUACAUAGAUGGGUCGAUGAAUAGAUGAGUAUGGUAAUGGAUAGGUGGAUAAACGAUGGGUGUAAUAAGGGAUGGGCGGAUGAAUAGAUAGGUGUAAUAAUAUAUGGGUGAAUGAAUAGAUGGGUGUAAUAAUAGAUGGGUCGAUGAAUAGAUGAGAAUAAUAGUAUACGGGUUGAUGAAUAAAUGAGUGUAAUAAUGGAUCGGUGGAUAAAUGGUUGGGCCUAAAAUUGGGUUGGUAAAUGGAUUAAUGGAUGAAUGAAAUUAUGAAUGGAUAGGUGGAUGAAAUCAUUGGAAGGCUCCAUGUUGCCAUCUAGGUCUUUUCAUUGGACUUUUAUCAUUGUUUAAACCCUGCGACGAGCAUGAUUUUUUUAAAUUUACAUUAACGUUCUGUUAUAAAGGCAAGGACGAUCGCUGAAAUUCUCCAAGAGCAAACUCUACCAUGCGUGGUUGAGUUUCCGAAAAAGACCAUCAUAACAGUUGGAAACCGGAGAAUAAAUACUAACAACAUUCCUGAAAUUGACAUCACAUGCACAUUUGAUGAGAUUUACCUACUUGGAAACUAUAUAGAUUCAGACAUCCUAGAGACCGAAGUCAUCCGUGUGCCACUAUAUCUCACACAGCUUCGCCUUGCCGUUGUGACGGGACACAAGAAUAAAUCUAAAGACAAAUGGCAUGCCUUUAACAAGUACCUUGACAAUCGUUGCGGUCCUAUUUUCUAUGAUACUUGUUACGGGAAUCCAGAAAUGGCCACUAUAAAGAACAACUCUCAGCGAAAGAUGGGGCGGAGCAUUCUUACGUUGAACCAUGUUCGUACAUCAAUUUCUGGUCACUUGUCCACAAACCGUACGCAAACGUAAGUUCUACAAAAACAGAAGAUGAAAUUAUUUGCGUGGGUGAAUCAUUUGAUGGUAUGGAUGCUUAUGAACCAAUGGAGAUUAUAACAAAGGCAAACACAAGUCAUUUCAAAACACGAAAUUCACAGGAGAUUAACCUGCACAAACCAUUUAUGCCGCUACCUGCUGAAAAGUCCGAUAUCGAUAUUUAUGAGAACAGCGAGACUCUAUCAGAUCAAGUUAAAGAAAACAAACAUGGCGAUGUAGAGCCGAACAGAGACGGUAGUUGCCACCUUGAGGAGAACAUACUAUUUGCAAAAUCACGACUGAAACCAGUGAAAGCGAAGCCAGAGAGCAGCGCCACAGCACAGGAAACACACAAUAUGCCUAUAGGAGCUGAGCUUAAAGAGAAAACUCCAGCAGCUAGGCUGAAGAAUCCACCAGCACAUGGAAGUAAACCAAAACUUCCCAUCAAGCCUACAGGGUGGCUGAAAAGUUCAGAUCCUCCAGAAAUCCUCGGAAAAACAAGUAUAAAAUUGGCACAUAACGUUCAGCAAGCGAAAAUUGUCAGUCAAGAUAACACCCCGGUUCCGAGUAGUGUACGUCCUUCAGCAAUGGUAGCUCCGGUCACUGUUGACAAAGAAGCAAGCGAUCACAAGUUUCUGAAACCGGAAUCUCAGUACAUUGUAGCAAGAGUUCCCGAAACUGAUACCCAAAUCGACCUGCCGGUCGUUGAAAAACCAGAAGAUGUAUGUAAUUUAACAGUGCGUGAAGUAACUGGCUACUUAGAAAGAAUGAAUCAUAGUAGUUAUGCAAAACAAUUCUUAGAUAAUGAUGUAGAUGGAGUCCUGCUUACGGGGUUGACAAAGAAUGACCUGAUGACUGACUUUGGAAUGAAGGGAGUUGAGGCUCAGAAGAUAAUCAACUUUUGCAAAGAAGCGCACUUGCCAAAAAAAUAAAUGACUGUUUAACACCGUGCUGUUUGGAUAUUUAUUUAUAUAUAACCUUUCAAAUAUACUGUUAAUACUGCAAAUUCUUGUCCAUGUGAAGGUUCAAGUAGAUGAUAUGUACUUUAAAUAUUAAUAUUUAGGCCUUAUUUGUUUGAGCUGAAUUUUGUCUAAUGUCUUUAUAGUGUUUGCUGAUUGAUCAAAUUAGGGUAAGGUGAAGGGGGAACCAAGCCUUUACACAGCAAGAUCAGAACACGAAUAUAGCCAAAUUGACGAUUUUUUUUUUUAUUUUACACGAGAAAGAAAAAAUAUCGUCAAUUUCUUUUGGAUAUGAUAUACGACCAUUGUGGUCUCGAGACUUAUAAGGCGAUUCUGACAAUGACUUGUUCUGACCAAUGUGCUCACUUGUUUUGCUAUCAGGACAGAAAAUGAUAACGGCUGUUUAGUUAAUUAUCCAAUUACGAUCGCUGUACUUAAAAUGUUGCGCAAAACUUAAAUGCACUUGUUUGUUGUUGUUGUUGUUGUUGUUUGUAAAAUUAUGUAAAGCUGUUUGCUAUAGUCUGGUUUAACAUCUUAUUUCUGUUUGAAACUCUCGCAGAGCUUAGAAUGAUAUUUGUGUCGUCAGUGUGUAAAUUGUAUGAUAAUAUACUGAUAGUUUCCUAUUCUCGGUUUGUUAAACUUGCUGAAUGAUAUGAUAUGUAUUCAUCAAUGUGUAUUUACUGCCUAUACUGUUGUAUAUAAUUGUAUAUAAGUUCAGCUCUUCAAUUUUGGAGGAAUAAAAUAAUCUAUUUAUCUAUGUACAUUUUAAACAUAUUUAUAUCACUGCAUACUAUGAACAUUUGAGAUACUGGCAAUGCAGAUGUUGUUGAUUUAUAUAUUGUAAUUAAUUACGUAUUUAUGUUCAAUUUAAAUAUGUUGCUUAACCUGCAUAGUUUAUAAAUAUAAGUUUUGCUAUAAAUUGCAUAUCUCUAUACAUUUUCUUUCGUAAUGAAUAUGCCGUUCUAUGUUGCAGAGUUAAUAGUAUGAACCAUUGAUAACAAUUAUUUCAGGCUAACAUAUCUGUAUAUAUGUAAGUACAUCAUGUAUCGUUGUUUAUAUUUCAGUGUUUACAUUUAGCUGAAUUGUAUCUUCUGUAUGUAGUUUCUAUGGCAUCGUUUAAUAUGGCUAAGAAAAAAAUAAUAACAUGAAUUUUACAAAUGGAGGACCUGUCUUUAACGUGUUGGGUGUUUUAAUGGAUAUACAGGCAAGAUAUAACUGCAAUGUGUAAAAAUAAGUUGCCAUGCACGCGGAAGUAUCCAAAUAACCUCAUCGUCACCAUUUCACUGAAAAUGACACUUUGUGAUGAUGUGCCCUAUUUGGUUAACCGUGCUUUACCCUUUACUAUGAUCUUUUACUAGAGUAUCAGCAUAUCACUGUUGUAUCAGUUUCAGUGAAUUGGCAGCAUCAGCAAAUAAAAAUGAUCGUUUGAAGUCAUAUGAAAUUACUUGUAUAUUAAACACAAUACAUCUCGUAAGAAACUGUUGAUAGGAAAUAUAAUUCAUUUCCGCCUGAUGCCGCAUUUUACACUGCGUUGUUUCCCCUGGAGAUUCUAUAAUAUGACAUCGCGCUUCGAACAAUCAAGGAACGGAUAAUAUUUCCAACGAUUCAAGAUGAAAUCCUUUUGAAACGAUAUGUGCGACUAAGGACUAUCAGUUUACGUAUGUUCAUAUUGCCCGGGUGUUAAUAUUUUAUGUUUUGUUGUGAUUAUAUGAUACUUAGUAUGUGCAACUUGUAUAAUGUUUUAUUUCUAAACUAAUAAACUGGGAAAUAGUU